AUGCUCAACGACACAAGAUACUCCGAUGCUACCGUCGUUAUUUACGGCAAAAAUUUACCUAUUUACAAAUUUGUUGUCUGCGCGCAAAGCAAAUACCUCGAAAAGGUGUUCCAGGACUCAUUCGUUGAGGGAAGCUCUGGGGUGCUCACAUUCAACAAUGGUAGUGAGCCCUCCUACUGGAGGCUGUUUGAGCAUUUGUACACGGGUGACUAUCCGGAAGAUCUAUCACAAGAUAUCAAAGAUGACCCUGCGCUACUGAAAGAGUCCCAAUGCAUUCGAGAAAUAUAUGCGACCACUCCCGAGAACGAUCUUGGGAUGCGAUCUGCUGUAGUGGAGAUAGCAAAAGUUCACGUCAAAGCACUGGGCAGUAAGGAUAUAUUCAAGAAUCUCAUUCGUGAAGGUGGUGAUUUCGCCGUUCAGUAUUUUGAGAGCGUUAUUUUUCCACCGCCCCCCGCGACCUUCUCUACUACUCAUCCAAAAGACAGUUGGUUUGGUGUUACGUCUAGAGGUUCCAUUUCUCUUGGGGGGGUUUAA